CUUUCGUAAUGGAAAUUGGAAUGCGGACCAUUUCGUGACCAGACAAUGCGGAAUGCGUGCGAGGUCCGCAUUGUCGUUGGCGAUUUUGGUCUGCAUUUGAGUUAAACACGCGUUCCGGACUUGUCCGCGUUUCUUCGCAAGAACGACAAUAGACUCUCAGAACCAAAGACGUUGAUUCGAAAUCAUAUUUGCAGAAAUUUCACUCUCUCUUGAUCAUUCUUCGUCGGUGACAUCUGAUGAGCUUGAUUACCGAUAAAUCAUAUAAUGAAUUCAAAGCCUCAGGCUCUCACCUUUAAGCUCGUUCUUCUUGGCGAUGGUAGAGUUGGGAAAACCUCACUUGUGCUGCGGUAUGUUAAUAAUGUCUUCUCUGAGAAGCAAGAAGCAACUGUGCAAGCUUCCUAUUUGACAAAGCGCCUUGUCGUUGAAGGUGUCCCCAUUACUCUAGCUAUUUGGGACACAGCAGGACAGGAACGAUUUCAUGCUUUGGGCCCAAUAUACUAUCGUGAUGCAGAUGCUGCACUUUUGGUAUAUGACAUCAUGGACACUGACAGCUUCAUUCGGGUGAGAAAUUGGGUUAAAGAACUCCAACAAAUGGCAUCCAAAAACAUAAUUAUGGCAAUUGCUGCCAAUAAAAGUGACUUGGUUAGAGCAAAGAAAUUUGAUCUUCAAGAGGCUGAAAGCUAUGCAACAUUAAUUGGAGCAAAGCUUUUUGUUACUUCUGCAAAACUUGGUACUGGGAUAAAUGAAGUUUUCCUUGAUAUUGCAACCCGAGCAUUGCAGAAAAGGAAAAGUAGUUCUGAAGGCCUCUUGCCAACUCCACAAAGGAAAGGAAUGCUCAUUAUAGAUGACGAGCCUGAAAGGGAAGAACUGAAAUGCUGUUCAUAGCACUUGUAUAAUGCAAUUCCACUGAUUGGGAACUCCUAGAGAUUGUCAGAGACGUUUCCACCAUCAGAAAAUCUAUCUUGAAGUAUCUCUUAGUCAUCAUUACAUGAAUUUGUGAAAGGACCAGGUAUCCUUUUCAUUUCUCAACAGGAAUUCAAAUUAUUUAAAUGCGGAAACAUUCAUUAUACACCAGUGUCCUCUUUGUGGAAGUAUCAUGGUUUCUAUGAAGAGAACAAAAAGCAAAAGAAAUCAAACUCUCUGUACUGAUGAAAAUACUUGGGUGUUUUUCUAACCAUACUAAACCAUAUAUCGCGGUACACACUGCACGUGUGAGUGGUUGCACCAACAAUUGACUUCAUCUAACACUUGUAAUUUUCCAUUUACUGCAAUCCUCAAAGAGAAUGUGUCUGUGUUUGAUAAUUAUGAAUUGUUUGAUGAAUUUGCCCAUA